GAUAAGGGGCUGAGAGAGGCAAACGUUCCCGCCCGGAGCCAAGUUCCCCGCUGCUCUCGGGGGCCACCUCGUUUUCCUUCCCCCACUGGCCGCGACUCGGAGGGUUCCGUUCCGCGGCGGGGGCGCGGCCGGGGACUGGGCUGUGAGUCUGCUCCGGCAGGCGGGUCGUGUAGAGUUCGCGGCCGGCCCCAAGGCCGUCUCACGACAGCCCGAAGACAAAAAAGGCUCGGCGGGGGCAUCGUCGCCCCACGCCCGGAACCCAGUUCCCCACUUCUCCCGCGGGGCCGCGAGAGACUCGCGAGCGUCGGAAGCGCUACGGACCUGGUCAAGGCGGGGCAGCCGUAGCGCCAGCCCCUUUCUCCUCCUCCGCGCCUUUCAGCAGUAAGAAACUCUAGUUGGCUUGCUUUCCAAUCAUAGUUUGGUUCUAUCGUUUAAAAAAGUCCCUACCUCGUAACGCCGGGCUCCAUCUCGAGAACUGACCGAGGCUGUGAGUGCUUGGGAACCGGGCCCGCUCGGCGGCCGCAGCCCGGGCGUCCCACCGCCUUGUAGCAGGUCGGACGCCGAGGCCCCGGAGCAACGCGGAGAUGAGGAGCAGGAGCAAUUCCGGGGUCCGCUUAGACGGAUACGCGCGGCUGGUGCAGCAGACAAUCCUGUGUUACCAGAAUCCCGUCACGGGGCUGCUGUCAGCCAGUCACGAGCAGAAGGACGCCUGGGUGCGGGAUAACAUCUACAGCAUCCUGGCUGUGUGGGGCCUGGGCAUGGCCUACCGCAAGAAUGCUGACCGCGAUGAGGACAAAGCCAAGGCCUACGAGUUGGAGCAGAACGUGGUGAAACUGAUGCGGGGUCUUCUCCAGUGCAUGAUGAGACAGGUGAAUAAAGUGGAGAGGUUCAAGCACACUCAGAGUACCAAGGACAGCCUGCACGCCAAGUACGACACCGCCACCUGCAGCACCGUGGUGGGCGACGACCAGUGGGGCCACCUCCAGGUGGAUGCCACCUCCCUCUUUCUCCUGUUUCUGGCCCAGAUGACUGCCUCCGGCUUACGUAUUAUUUUCACUCUUGACGAGGUGGCCUUCAUACAGAAUCUUGUUUUUUAUAUAGAAGCUGCAUAUAAAGUCGCUGAUUAUGGAAUGUGGGAACGUGGAGAUAAGACCAAUCAGGGCAUUCCAGAACUGAAUGCAAGCUCUGUAGGAAUGGCCAAGGCAGCCCUAGAGGCAAUUGACGAACUGGACCUUUUUGGAGCCCAUGGAGGUCGCAAGUCCGUGAUCCACGUUCUGCCCGAUGAGGUCGAACACUGCCAGUCUAUUCUGUUCUCCAUGCUGCCAAGAGCAUCGACAUCUAAAGAGAUUGAUGCUGGGCUUCUUUCCAUUAUUUCUUUCCCGGCCUUUGCAGUGGAAGAUGUGAACCUUGUGAAUGUGACCAAAAAUGAAAUUAUUUCCAAGCUCCAGGGGCGUUAUGGAUGCUGUCGCUUCCUUCGAGAUGGUUAUAAAACCCCAAGAGAGGACCCAAACCGAUUGCAUUAUGACCCUGCUGAACUCAAGCUCUUUGAAAACAUUGAAUGUGAAUGGCCUGUGUUCUGGACUUAUUUCAUAAUAGAUGGGGUCUUCAACGGUGAUGCUGUUCAGGUCCAAGAAUACCGAGAGGCCCUGGAGGGAAUAUUAAUCAGAGGCAAGAAUGGGAUCCACCUGAUGCCUGAACUCUACGCUGUCCCGCCUAACAAGGUAGAUGAAGAGUAUAAGAAUCCUCACACGGUGGACAGAGUUCCUCUGGGGAAGCUGCCCCAUCUGUGGGGUCAGUCCUUGUACAUCCUCAGCUCCCUGUUGGCAGAGGGAUUCCUUGCCACUGGUGAAAUUGAUCCCUUAAAUAGAAGAUUUUCCACUUCCGUCAAACCUGAUGUCGUAGUACAAGUGACUGUUCUGGCAGAAAACAAGCACAUUAAGGAGUUGCUGAGGAAACAUGGGGUGAGCUUGCAGAGUAUUGCCGACAUUCAUCCAAUCCGAGUCCAGCCAGGCCGGAUUCUUAGUCACAUAUAUGCCAAGCUUGGACGGAAUAAGAAUAUGAAAUUGAGUGGGCGACCGUAUCGGCACAUCGGAGUCCUUGGAACAUCUAAACUAUAUGUGAUUAGGAACCAAAUCUUUACUUUCACACCCCAGUUCACUGACCAGCAUCACUUCUACCUGGCCCUGGACAAUGAGAUGAUUGUGGAGAUGCUGAGGAUCGAGCUAGCCUACCUGUGCACCUGCUGGCGGAUGACGGGCAGACCCACGCUCACCUUCCCCAUCACCCAUACCAUGCUCACAAACGAUGGCUCAGAUAUUCAUUCUGCUGUUCUUUCUACAAUUCGAAAACUAGAGGAUGGAUAUUUUGGAGGAGCUAGAGUAAAAUUAGGGAGUCUUUCGGAAUUUCUCACCACCUCUUUCUACACGUAUCUGACCUUCCUGGAUCCAGACUGUGAUGAGAGGUUGUUUGACGAUACCAGUGAAGGGAGCUUCAGUCCUGAUAGUGAUUCAGAUUUGGGAGGAUAUUUCGAAGACAACUAUAAUCAAGAAAGCCAGGAUGAACUUGACCAGUAUAUCAACCACCUCCUGCAAAGCACAUCCUCGAAGUGCUAUCUGCCACCUCUUUGUAAGAAGACAGAGGACAGCCAUGUUUUCAGUGCCAUCUACUCCACUCGGGAUAUACUUUCCGUGAUGGCAAAAGCAAAGGGUUUGGAAAUUCCAUUUGUUCCCAUGGCUUUGCCAACUAAAGUCCUAAGUGCCCACCGUAAAUCGCUGAAUCUUGUUGAUUGUCCUCAGCCACUCCUAAAAAAGGCCCCCGAAGAUGACUUCCAGUUUCCCAGAGAUGACCACGGCAACAUAGACUGUGAGAAGCUGGCUGAGCAGCUGAAAGACUGUUCGAACCUACAGGACCAAGCGGACAUUCUGUACAUUCUGUAUGUAAUAAAACAGAAGACGACGCAGCCCUCUCGGGGUCCCAGCUGGGACACAAAUCUCUCUGGACAGCACGGGGUCACUGUUCACAACCUCCUCAGUGAGCUCUAUGGAAAAGCCGGCUUGAACCAGGAGUGGGGUCUGAUCCGCUACAUCUCUGGCCUACUCAAGAAGAAAGUGGAAGUCCUGGCUGAGGCCUGCACGGACCUGCUGUCGCACCAGAAGCAGCUCACGGUGGGCCUGCCGCCAGAACCCCGGGAGAAGACCAUCUCUGCACACUGUCACUCGAGCACUUCCAGCAGGAAAAUGAGGAUAUUCCAUAGAGGACUAGGAGGCAUCUUUCGUGGUGUUUGUGUCCUGACGCUCCUUCCUAGGCCUCUUCCCCCCGAGGAGCUCACAGAACUCAUCUACGAAGCCAGCGGGCAGGACAUCAGCAUCGCCGUGCUCACACAGGAGAUUGUGGUUUACCUGGCGAUGUAUGUCAGGGCACAGCCCAGCCUCUUCGUGGAGAUGCUCAGACUCCGGAUUGGACUCAUCAUUCAGGUGAUGGCCACGGAGCUGGCGCGGAGCCUGAACUGUUCAGGAGAAGAAGCUUCUGAAAGUUUGAUGAACCUCAGCCCUUUCGAUAUGAAAAAUCUCCUACACCAUAUUUUAAGUGGAAAGGAGUUUGGUGUUGAAAGAAGCGUGCGGCCUAUCCAUUCCUCCACAUCCAGCCCUGCCAUCUCCAUCCAUGAGGUGGGACAUACUGGAGUCACCAAAACCGAGAGGAGUGGCAUCAACAGGCUGAGGAGUGAGAUGAAACAGAUGACUAGGCGAUUUAGUGCUGAUGAACAGCUCUUUUCUGUGAGCCAGGCCCCAUCCGGCAGCGCACACUCCUCCAAGUCUGUGAGGUCCAGCACCCCAUCCUCACCCACGGGCACGUCAUCGUCAGACUCAGGUGGGCAUCACAUCGGCUGGGGGGAGCAGCAGGGCCAGUGGCUGCGCAGGAGAAGGCUGGACGGGGCCAUCAACAGAGUCCCCGUGGGAUUUUACCAGAAGGUGUGGCAGAUCCUUCAGAAGUGUCACGGUCUGUCCAUCGACGGUUAUGUGCUCCCAUCCUCGACGACGCGAGAGAUGACCCCACAGGAGAUCAAGUUUGCUGUCCACGUUGAGUCGGUGCUGAACCGAGUGCCGCAGCCUGAGUACCGGCAGCUGCUGGUGGAGGCCAUCAUGGUGCUGACGCUGCUCUCGGACACGGAGAUGAACAGCAUUGGGGGCAUCAUCCAUGUGGACCAGAUCGUGCACACGGCCAACCAGCUGUUCCUGCAGGACCAGAUGUCGAUCGGUGCCACGGACACGCUGGAGAAGGACCAAGCCACGGGCAUUUGCCACUUCUUUUACGACAGUGCUCCCAGCGGGGCUUAUGGGACAAUGACCUACCUAACGAAGGCGGUGGCUUCUCACCUGCAGGAACUGCUGCCCAAUUCAGGCUGCCACAUGCAGUAGGGCCUCGGCGCUCUGAGCCCAAGAUCCCCUGUGCUGUCACAAAAGCAUUUCCCAUCAGCAGCCCUGGCAGGGAGGAGGUGGCAGUAACACACCUGCAAGCGGUAUACGUCCAAGCCGCAGAAUCCUGUGCCCGCCCCCGAGGAGCGCCCUGGGAUCAUCUUCCUACGUUCAUUUUGCUGGGAAGUUUGUCACAGCAUCUGGUCUCCUGGAGUCUGAGGAGGUAUCGGAAGUUGGUCUCCUCUUGUGAGUGCCGAGUGAAGUGAGAAGGCAGCUUAAACUGGCUUUCGCAGAGUUGCCGAACAGGCUCAAUGAGCUAGCGAUACAUCUUCCAGAUGAAAAGAUCCUUCCAGCAGCUGCGGACCUUGACCAGGGGCACAUCUUAACGGUACAGUCUGUCUGUGGGUCAAAAUGUGUAGCAAAUAGAACAACUCAUUGUGCAGAGGUUU